AUGGAGACGAUGGAAGGAUCCGAGCUCUGCCUCCCUCUCCUCAACGCCUCCUGCAAGCCGCUGCCUCUCACCCCCAAGGCAGCGCUCACGAAUACUCUGCUGUCUGCUAUUGCUGCGCUCACUGUGUCUCUUAACAUGUUGGUCAUUAUCUCCAUCUCCCAUUUCAGGCAGCUCCACACCCCCACCAACGUCCUCCUCCUCUCCCUGGCUGUGUCCGAUGUGCUCGUGGGCCUCCUGGUGAUGCCGGUUGAAAUCUCCACCCUGCAUUCCUGUUGGUUUCUGGGUAAACUCAUGUGUGUGCUCUAUUACUUCAUGAGCUUCAUCCUCACCUCUGCCUCCGUCGGGAGCAUGGUGCUCAUAUCAAUCGACCGCUAUGUGGCCAUUUGUUACCCUCUGCGCUACUCAUCCAUGGUAACACCAAGCAGGGCGAAAAUCUGUGUGAGCCUGUGUUGGAUUUGCUCUGUUUUAUACAACGGCAUAAUUCUGAAGGAGCACUUGUCACAGCCAGAUAUGUUUAAUUCCUGCUACACAGAGUGUGCCGUCAUCAUAAGCUACAUUUCAGGGGCAGUCGACCUCGUUUUCACCUUUUUUGGCCCCGUUACUGUCAUCAUCGCUCUGUAUAUGAGAGUGUUUGUGGCGGCAGUGUCACAGGCGCGUGCCAUGCGGUCUCAGAUUGCUGCUCUCAAAUCUGGUAAUGUGACUGUCACUGCUAAGAAAUCUGAGUUAAGGGCAGCUACAACCCUGGGUAUUGUCCUUCUGGUGUUCAUACUGUGUCUCUGCCCGUAUUACUGCCCCUCUCUGUCAGGGCAUGACACUGAGGCCGAGGCUUCCUAUGUUGAAGUCUGGCUCUUCUAUUUCAACUCCUGUAUGAAUCCUCUGAUCUACGCCUUCUUCUACCCCUGGUUUAGAAAAGCCAUUAAACUCACUAUCAGCCUGCAGAUACUCCAGCCAGGCUCCUGUGAGGCCAGGAUGAUGUAG